AUGUCGAACGACAACUACACACAUGAACAACCGCCAUCCAAACAGCCAGCAGCAGCAACAGCAGCAGCAGCAGAUCUACGACAUGCUAUACUUGAAAAGAGCUUGAGCGAUAAAAAGAAAAAGAGUCCCUUGUCUGCUUGGGAUAAGCUGCGUGAAAAUGUGAGUGAGUUUCACAAUGGCAACGACCACAAUGGUGCGUUUGUCGCUUCACCUUCUUCUUCCAACAACUCCUCGCCCAGUUCAUCUCGUUCCAGUACGCCAAAACUAUACCAACCCAGCGCCAUACCUCCACCCAAGAACAAAUCCUUGAAUCCAUUUAUGCGAUCAUCCACAUUCGACAACUACAUGAACGGAAGCAAUACCAGCAGCGAGAGUCGACCCAACAUCACUUUGGCCAACACGACGUUGGUAGCUGCACAAGCUGCUGGCAUGACCAACUUUACUCGCAACUUCAGACCUGCCAGACAUCACAAUGGUGUCAUUUAUGCCACAUCCACCGCUGUACAACAAGACAUAUACCGUCUGGAACGUGAUCUGGAUAAGAUACUGAUACAGUUGCAUGCCAGAUCACAGCAUGCCAGUUUUGCAGAGUCAGCAUCCACACUGGUAUCCACCACAGUAGCAGCAGAUGGCAGCCAAAGCAGCAGCAGCAGCAGCACGCCUGCUACUACCUUUGGUAAGAAGUCGGUGUUCCAGCGACAGUCAGUAGCAGACAUGUUCUCUGGAUCAUCCACGCCGCAUUCAGACACCAUGACGCCUAUCAAGGAACCGCUUCGACAGGAAGUGACCCGAUUAUCGUUUGUCAUGACAUCCAUCUUGGAAUCCAUCAAAAAGCAUAAAUCAGCUACCAGAUUGCCACUCACGGGCGAGAUUUUGGCUGUAUUGGCAGCACCGUUUGACAGGAUUCCAUUGAUAGUGAAUGACUGUCAUCAAGCAUUGGAUAUUUUUGAAUACAUCAGAGGCAGAUUCACACAACUGGAUUCAACAGAACGCUUUGAGCAACUCACGUUUUGUUGUCGAUUGCUCGGCCAUGGAGACAUGAAACUAAAGAAACGAGUGCUGAAUGUAUUAAAUCAACAACUUUUACCUUGCAAGGAACUUCCCAGCUUUUUACCCUCUACACCACCUGCUUACCAUUCACUUGUUUAUACCCUCACCAAUGCAUUGGCUCAACUUUCAAUUCAAACAACAUCAACAGAAACGCAUACACACAGCGAUAUCCGAGAAAGCGACGUCAACGAGAGCAGCAUUGAUAUUAUGCACUUGGAUCAGCAAGACGAGAUACGAUCUGGCAUUUUGCACAUCAUGGAUACAUUAGCCACUGGCACCCUUAUACCACCCAUUGGGCCCGCAUGGGCUCAAUACCACACCAAAGACUCUAUACCCGUUUCCAUUGCUCAACUGUGCGUAGUGGAAGGGCUGCUGAAAUGCACCAUGGUCGGCGUUUGCAGUCAAAGCGAUCCCUAUCAGGGCACACACGAAGCAUCUAGAGCUGAUUUGAUUGAAAGAGCUCGAGAUAUCCUGGUGUUGCAAGACUUGCUGCAGCGAUAUUGGAUUGAACCUGAAUUGGAUGCACAGCCCGCUUAUUUCAAAAUCAUCUUUUUGAUCAGUGAACUUGCGUGCGAAACAUUUCUGAUGGCUAGUGUGGAGGAUCUCAAAAUCAAGACAUCAACUGUAUCGCUACUACUGCCACUCGUGGUCGACAAACUAUCACCUGCCAAGCUUCAAAACUACCUGGCGAAUCGACACACGGAUGAGACACAAAAGAUGGUGACAUCCAAUGUCAUUGUCAUGUUAUUAGCCCUGUUGUCUAUUUGCAGCUUGGAGGAACAACCCAUUCCACCUCAAACCAGCAGUAGCAACAUUUCAUCACCCAACUUGAGCCCGCGACCUUCUGUGCCUGAUUUCAACAGCGACAAUAUGAACUUGUCCAUCAUCGACUCUCAACAUGACGCACAGAGCAUCAACAGCUUCAAUGUCAACAACUCCAACGAUGCUGCUAUGCGGAAAACACUCAUGACACUGAAGGGUUAUAUCGAAGAGUUUUGGAAAUCAGGAUACAAGGAUUUCAUCUUGACAGGCACAGAAUCCAUGCAUCAGGAUGCGACAGGCGAACGUGUGGCAAGAGCCUAUCAGAACCUUGUAUUUCACAUUGAUCCAGCCAUGGGAGAGGAGAUUGCCAAAAAGACAUUGCCCAGCUUAUUUAAGCGACUGGUAGACACCUAUCCACCUGCACUGCCUGCUCUUUGUAAUAUGCUGUACGCAUUGUCAAAGCGCUUUAGAUCCUUCUUUUUCAAGCCAGUGGUGUCUUGUGUGGCAUCGGAUGACGAGGACAAAGUAUCACAGCUCCUGACACUGAUGACUGUAUUGCGUCGCUAUCUCUCGGGUGUGCAGUUUUGGAUGCAGGACGCUGAAAUGAUCAAUGUGCUCUUGUUGAGUGAUGUGGGUGUGUCCAAGAAACAACAACGAGAAGCAGCCUCCUCUGCUGCUGCUAGCUCUCGGUCAGGCACACCGCAACUUAAAGUCAACGAUACACCACAAGAUGCUCAGUGGGGAAGCACCAACUUGGGACAAUGCACCAUCGCAACCGAAUUCAUGUGGGCUGUCAAGGAGCUGAGGAUGAAGCAACGAGACCCUCAUCGCAACAUGGAGGAAGACGAGAUUGCCAAAAAGUUCCUGAUUGAUCUCGAACGGCGUUUAGCAGUGUUUUUGACAGCCAAAGAAAAGACGACAACAGUGCCCAUGCCAUUGCGCGUGAUCCUUUGCAACAUCUUUUUCGACAUUAGGUUCUUUUGCAACACCACGCAUCGUCCUGGAUGGCUGACGCGUGUCAUUGAUUGGGCUGUCCAACCGGUUGUUUCCACGCCUGAACAUGCCUAUCAUCACAUCUUGCCCACCAUCAACCCAGAUGAAUCGCCUUCGCCCAACAAUCCGCAUAUUGAAAGCACCAUGCCACUCUUACAUACGGGACACCUGUCAGAUAUAGCAUACAUGUUUCAGCGGCUACACAAUGUCUAUCUGAAUGUAGUGGAGCAGCUCCAAUUUGAGACCAAUGACACGCAGGAUUACGGUGGUUCCCUACUCAAAACUGGCACUGUAUUGCAACAAACGGCUGAUGGUGAUAGUGAUGAUACGCGCUCUGUAGAAGUACCUCGCCAUAAGCGUCAACAAGUAAUCCAAUCCAUGUAUCCCAUCAGCAGAUCUGCUGCUCUGUCGCUGGACUUGGAUCCUCCCUCAACCACUGCGCCAAUAACAUCGAACGGAAGCAGCCAAGAUACUCUGCCUGCAGAGGGACCUGCUCUCAAAUUGGCAAGAUACAAGUUUGAGAAUAUGGAGGAAAUCAACCAGCAUCCUUUCGGGUCUGUGUUCUCAUUACUAGCGGCAGUCUUUACUACACUGUCAUCCAACGAGUUUAGCCGUCUUGUCAGGCCUCUUUGGGAGCGUCAUAUGGAUGAUCGCAAGCCUCAAUCCUUUAUACCAGCUGUGUUUCUAUUGAUGGAAUGCGGUGAGAAGAUCCCCAAGACCAUGAUUGAGGUGUGUACACAUGAUUUCUACAGUGGCGAUCCAUUGCGCCGAUUAGCAGUGAUCCAGAAGCACUCCUCCCUCAGUGCCUUCAGAUUCAACGUGCUUAGCCAAGAAUACAUCCCCAUCUCCAACAGAAAAAGGCCUUUUCGGGGUGAUGGUGGUGCCUUUUCAACGCCCUUUGUCCCCACAGACCUCGGCAGUAACCAAUUCACGUUGGAUGAACCUCGAUGGAUGGCUAAACUCAAGAAUGCCAGCAAUUUCCCUAUUGAACUCAAGCGCCAAAUCCAAGAAUUGGGUUGGGACGAUGACGAUAAUGGCGAAGAGCACGAAGCACUCAAAAAGGUGCUGACUCCUCUGGCCUUGCUGCCAUCGCUGUUCUUGGAGGAGGAGGAGGAGCGCAUGAACGAAGAUGAAACCCCGGGACUUGUGGCAGCUAGACAGAACGGUAAAGCGAUUGAUAUCAGUAAAAUCAUCACACGUCGAAAGCGGGCUACGACUAUCCAGUCUUUGACUAUUUCUUUUCUCAGUAUGGUGGAUUUGCUGAACGAUGAUUACGGUGGUGCCUCUAAUGCCUUGAGAGAACUGCUCGAGUAUUUUUUGCGUGAUGAUCCAGCCUUGUUUCUGCGCGCGUUUCUUAGUGAUUUGGGUAAAUUCAAGCUGGACAGACACAAGGACAUGUUGACUCGUGUACGCUACUUGGUCAGUAUGCAACACAAACUGCCUCCUGGGUUCACGCACAUCCUGUUCAACUACUUGGCUGGUAUGCUGAAAUGGCUGAUGCGAGAGAACAAGAAGAAGGACGGGCUCAUAUUGAUGACACUGAUCCAUCCCAUCCUGGCAGAACUUACGCUCUCCACAAACGACCUCUCUAUCCGUGAUUUGAGAAAGAACAAGAUUGAGCACUUGCUUGUUAGUACCGGUCGCUUUUGGUUCACGCAUGAGCAGCCUGCUGACCUGUUCCCUCGCUAUCUGUCCAACAACAAGACGCCCUUCACAGUGCUGGAUAUCCCACCCGAGAUCUUUUCCGUUGCCAUGUUGCGUAUCAGUCAUAUCCAGUUUCUAACCAACUACUUGGCUCGUUAUCCUCGUGAAGUGUAUGCUGUCAAAAAGACACUGCAAGACUACGAACCGACGCCUAUUCCAGGGACCAAGAAGGAGCCCAAAUGGGCCACAGAAGAGACGUAUUAUCCUGACAUUUAUAGACGCAAGCGUCGUGAAACCAACUCGUACAUUUACAAGGGCGAUGGAGAGACAGUUUAUAAUGGCCCUACUGUGGCGGAUCGAGGCGACGACGAUGACUACACCAAGGAAGCCAUUCGACAGUCCAGCCAGCAAAAGAUAGACACCGAGACUCUCUCUGCGCUGCGUGCUCGUAUCUGGCUACGCUUUGUGGACAACUUGCUAAAUGGCUUAAACAAGAAUUACAAUGAUCGCGAUGAGCUGGAGCGUAUUUUGCAAGGCAUCAAUAUGAUUAUCACUGAACACGACCGUGAUUUUGGCAUCAUUGGACAGGCACUGAUCUUGUACACGCGUGUAGUAACCCGAUUCAAGCGUCUGUUCAUCUCCAACCGAGGCUACACCACCUUUUUGCCUGCCCUGUUCAAGGUGUUUUGUGAAGUGGAUUGCUUUCCUCAGGUAAGGUCUGCCAUCAUCUUUGCGUGGUGUCGCUUCUACGCUGUGCAUGAAGAAUCGUUUGUGUUUCAAAUGCUGGGGACACUAGUGCCUACCAUUUUGAGUGCCUUUGGCAAGUCAAAUGAACUGGGCUCCUGGAUGGUGGAUAACCUGUUUAUGCUGAUGCAAGCCAUGCACGAUCCCCCUCAUCUGGGCGCUACGUCUGAUGUGCUUGGUCUGCAACUGCAAGUGGAAUUGGAUGACCAUGAACGCAGCAUUCAGGAGCGCAUUGAUGCAGCCAGCAAUCCAAUGGCAAUUCCGCUGUCGACUGCCAUCUUGAAACCCUUGGCUAGAAGCGUCACCACACCCAUUGCGCCACUCGACAUCAACAACUACAACAACAGGUCGUUUGAACUGGGAAAUUUUGUCAAGCUGUUUUUGACCAUCAUCGCAUACGAUGCUGGGUCGCUGCGUGCAGAGCAGUUUGUCAAGCUGUUCCGCCACAUGAUGUCCCGUUUUCACAAAUUACCACUACUCAAAGAUCUGGUGGAUGAAGGCAUGGCUGCGCUGAUUGAUGUGUUUGCCAAGUUUAGCAAGCAUGCCAAGGUUGCUCUGGGUACUGCUAAUCCCACCGCAUCCAACUUGGGCUAUCAAGGCGUCUCAUCAGGCAUCGAUAAUGACACCCGCGUACCGGGCAGUGGAUCGCGUACUGAAUCUGCUCAACAUGCGUACGGUAAGCAAUGGCAGCAGAAUGACAAGCUGACGGUGAGGAUGGAGUUCGUGUUGCUGGUGCACGAAUACUUGAAAUACGAUGGUGUCUUGUCUGAAGUGUGCCAUGAAAAGAUGGCCUUCAUCAUUCGUACAGUGAUGCGUGAUUAUGGCAACAUCAAGGGCAUCACCUUCAAGACAGACUGGCUCAAGGACUAUUUGAUUGACUGCUUGCACUCCAUGGCGGAUACCCGAAAUUACACUAAAUCCUUCAAGAAGCUGCUGAACCAAAUCAACUCGCAAUACCGCUCGCAAUGGAAGACGAUGGAUGCGUCUGAUCUCUAUGAGGGCUUGGCUAUUUUACUAGAGCAGGGUCAAGGAAAACCUGUCAAUAUGCAUGACAUUGCUGGUACCAUGAAUGAAAAGUUUGUCCUCUUUGGAUUGACGGUUGCCACUCGCUUCAACUGGGAGAAUGACACCAAGGGCUUCAAUCGCUUCUGCAACUCGCUGGUACGAUUGAUCAUUGCUGUCAUGGAGAACUCGACACAGGAUGUCUUGGGCGAAAUUGAACAACUGGCACCCACACCUGGACUGAUUGCUCACAUCAUCAUCCCCAUCUGCCUGCAAUACAACUUGCAGUGGGAUUACGCGAGCUCCUCCUCCAUGUCGGGCAAAUUCAGGCCUGAUCCCACUGGCAACUGGACGCGUCUGCUCAACUAUAUUUCUCGCGCUUGCAGUCAAGCUUCGUUAAUGAAGAGCAAAACGUCUGGUUUCUCGCUGUCUCAUCUGACGCAAAGCAUGGGCCAAACCACCAAUCAAGAUGGCAUUGAUGCUGCUGAUUUCCCGGACAUCAAGGAUGGAAAGCAGACGCCUCAAUCUGUGGCCUUGCUGUUCUCUCUCAGCUUUGUUGCCAUGAAGAUCAUCUUGGUGCGUGGCACUAACUCGUUCAACAAGCUCAAGGGGUCUUGGGUGCAAGUUGCCUUCUUCAUCAAGAGUGCUCUGGUGUUUGGCCAGACACUCAAGUUCCUCAAGCCCAAGUCGGGUCGAUCUACACCCAACAUGCCCACAACACCAGUUACAGGCAGCUUGUCUCCGGGUGGCCCAUUGAGUGGCGUACUGUCGCCUGGCAUUGCCAAUUGGACCAACCCGUCGCCUGAUGGUAAAACUGCCUUCUCGUUCACUGCACCUUUGAGUACUGGCACCAUCUACGAUUUUACCACAUGGCGUUUCCUGGAGUUUGUCACCUGCUAUCGCUGUCCUCUUCACGUCUUUCUGAAGGACUUUAUUCAUGAGAAACUGUUGGACAUGGGAGGAGGAAGCGGCAACAGCAGAUCGUCCAUUUAUGCACCGCCUAGCCCAAGUCCUCGUGUCAGCAUGAACUUUGGCAACGGCAGUAGUGCUUAUUCGCCUCCAACAUUUGCAAAAGACACCAGCAGUGCUCGAUGGAAGAGUUGGGGUGGUGGUUCGUCUUUGUCUCAACCACAGAGAGGAAGCACGACAAAUCAGUCAUCGUCUAUUGGUAUCAUUCCACAACUCAAUGUCCAGGAUACAGAUGCCCUGAGCAUACAGAUGCCUGACACAUCGCCCACAAACGGAUUAGGUUUGUAUAUGCCUGGUAAGCCUAGUUUCAGCAGUUCCUCCAACAUAUCAUCGCAGCAUGUUCCGCCUGUACCUGGAUCACCUUCAUUGUCUAUGCAUCUUGCUUCAGAAUUCUCGGAUGUUGAUGGCAGUGUGCCUUCUGGUGCUGUAGGAGGCGGCCAUAGUAGUCUUCAUUCACCAAAGCAACAAACCAAGAGCAGACCUUCCUCUUUCAUCUCGGUGCCUGGUCAAAUGUUGUUCAACAGCAUGAAUCGAGACAACUCCACAUCUACCGUGCUCCAUGUGCUUCAUGCUGAGUCAAUUACUUCUAUUGUGCAUGUUCAAAUUGCAAUGGGAUUCAAGCCUGCUCUGCCUUGGAUGGCUGCGAACAAACGAGAGCAACUAAAGCCUUGGAGUCAGCGAGCAUCUGUGGCUAAACUAGCUAAUGAAUGGCAAUUACUGCUGCAACUGUAUGCCGAAACUGAUUUAUCGCUUGCUAAAACAAACUCUCAUAACAACAAUGCCUCCAAUACCAACAUUGCAAACACGCCUCUGAUUUAA